UUACCUUACAUUAGUGAACGGAUUCUGAGAUGUUUGUUAUUUAAUGGCUGUUAUAUACCACUAAAAACUGACCCAAGAAAUAAAGUAUUGACCUUGGACACCAGCUGAGAUGCAGUCACAAAACGCUAAUUGAAAGUCUUAAAGGUAAACCCCGGACCUGCCCCAACACUUAGGUAUGCUCCAGCGACACCUAAUUAAAAAAUUAACGGAUUUGGGAUACAAUUCGUAUAUAAGAGCUGAAAGUCGUGUGCCCUGGUUAGACAGUCGCAUCUGGGAGUUCCUAAAGCACAUAUUCGAUGGUGUCCGAUGAAAAUAGUACGAAAAUUGGCAGCUACUCGUUUCCAUUUGCGGACGAGCGGACACGGACAUGGCCGCUGGUGGAAUCGCCUUGGAAUGUACCAGCCCUGCUGACCCUCUAUCUGCUGAUGGUGCGCUACGGGCCCAAGUGGGCAGCCAGGUACAAGCCGCUGCAGCUGCGAGUGCCAUUGUUCUGUCACAGUUUGGCCAUGGGCCUCCUGAAUGCCCACAUUUGCCUGGAGCUCUUCACGGCGACGCGGGCCCUCGACUAUAGCUUCAGCUGUCAGCCGUGUCGGGUGAGCUAUAGCCCACAUGAAAUGCGUAUUGCCACGGCCCUUUGGUGGUUCUACAUCUCAAAAAUACUGGAAUUCGCCGACACGGCCUUCUUCAUCCUGCGCCAUAAGUGGACGCAGCUGAGCUUCCUGCAUGUGUACCACCAUAGCACCAUGUUGAUCUUGUGCUGGGUCUUCGUCAAGUGGAAGCCGACGGGUUCUACUUUUGUUCCGGCCAUGAUGAACUCCUUCGUGCACGUCAUUAUGUACGGCUAUUAUGCGCUGAGUGUCCUGGGCCCACGGAUACAGAAGUACCUGUGGUGGAAGCGUUACUUGACUGGCCUCCAGCUGCUGCAGUUCACCAUCGGCUUGCUCUGGGCAUCGCAGCUGGUUAUCCGGGGCUGCGAGUACGGAACAUGGAUUAGUUUCGCUGGAGGCGCCUACAUGCUGCCGUUCCUGUUUCUCUUCGGCAGAUUCUAUGCCCAAAAUUACAGGGUAUCGGCGGAUACCAAGAAAGUUACGUAAGCUAAAUCAGGGAGCCCAACUGCACGGGGAAAUAAAAAUAUCAUGUUUGGAGUAAAUUGUCGCUUUAAAAGGAAUAAAGCGAGAAUAAUAAAACAAACAAUUUUUUUAAUUUACUAAAAA